AUGGUCGCCAAAGAGUGGCUAAAGCAGGUGAUAGCUACUUUCGACGACAUGGUUCUAGAAGAAGAGUUGAGGCUGAAGGUCGCUACGAGGUUACUUGACAGCAGAGCCAGAGUCUGGUGGGAAAGUCUGAAAGGUCAUUUCUAUGAUGUUUUGAGUUGGUCAGAAUUUCAUAGGGAGUUUGACGAGGAGUACUACACCCAUUUCCAUAGAGAACAGAAAAGGCAAGAGUUCAUGCAGUUGAACCAGGGUAACAAAUCUGUGAUAGAGUAUGAGACAGAAUUAAAGGACCUAGCAAAGUUUGUACCAGAACUGGUAGGUUCUGAGGAAGUUUUGUGUUCAAAGUUUGAGGCCGGAUUCAACCUCAGCGUUCGGGAGAGGAUGUCAGUCACACGAAACCAGAGCUUUAAAGAAGUAGUGUGGUUGGCCCUUCGAGCAGAAAAGUUGGUUCUAGAAGGCAGAUGA